ACAUUUUUUUUUGGGUUUUUUAAUGAUCGGGAGCGAUUGAGUGAGUGUUUAUGAUGCGUUCUAUAUGUGGAUGUGGAGACGACUAGACGAGACACGAGACAGUACGAACCGCCUCCCUCGUCGGAUCUGGUGUCCCAGUCUGCUGUCUGCUCUGCUGUUGGGAUCUGAUCUGACGCCACCGUGAGCGCCAACAUUUGGGGCUCCGGUUGGCUGGCUGUCACGGUGUACUCACGGGGACGCCGCCGGCCCCUUGGCAGGCGCAGAUAAUCCCCACUUCUCCCAGCGAAGCAGCGCAAAGAGGACGGCGUCCAGGUAUGCUGCGGGUCCCUGCGCCAGCCACCGACAAUAAUGGCGGCAAUCCACAUCGGAGUCCACUCCCCACCUCCCCGACCACCCACCGCAUCGCCAGUCGCCACGCGACAGCGACGCCCCGCAUCCCCGCGGACGCCGACGGCUGGGCCUACCGCCUGCGCCUCUGGGGGCGGCGGGUCCAGACGCCACGCGCACUCUAGAAGAGUUGUUGUGCGGCGCCGGGCGCGGCGGCCGUUGGAUCCCGUGCCGUGCCGCCGCCUUCGCCCCGCCCGUCCUCGGCGCGUCAGCGACCCCCUCAUUGUGGCUGCGUGCCUGCGUCGGCCAGCCCGCUUGCUUUGCCCCUCGCUUCGCUUCAAAUGGUAGAGCCGCUGCAGGCUGAGCGACCGCGAGCUUGACCCGGGCGCAAGUCGGCUCGCACCCAGCCAUGUCGGCGCCUGGAUUCGAUGACCCCCAGCUUCCGCCGCUGAGGCUCCGCGCCUCGUGCGGCGGCGCGAUCGCCAGCCCACGCUCCUGCUCCUCCUCUGAUACCUUCGUCAGCAUGCCUUCCACGCCCUCAGGUAUGCUGAAUCCGUGCGGUCUAUGGUCACCACCACCUCGCGCACCGUCGGAGGCGUCCUCGUCGGAGAUGGAGUUCGGGACGGCCCGCGAGUACGACACCACUGAUGCGUUCUUCACUGACAACUGGCUCUACGACAACCACCUGUUACACAGCACGGAGAGCGAUGGCAGCGAAGGGGAGGACAAGUUCAUUGUUGGUCCUGACGUCAGCUUGCAGCGGACUGAGACGCCGGAGCUUGGCGAUGGCUGCGGUCUCAGACACGUACAUAGAGACUGCAAUGCGGACUCUCAUGGGUGCACACAGGCGAAGAAUGCUUGCUCUUCGCCACCUUGUGGUUGUUGCUAUAAUGAGGAGUUGUUGAGAGAUUCUUGCUCCGCUGUUUCUGUUUAUGGGAGGUAUCAUACCAUGGAGGACCACACGGAGGGGCUUGAUGAGUGUGUUGCAGAAGCUUUCUUGUUCAGACUGAAUUCGUUAGUUGAUGCUAGCGAACAGUUAGUGGAUUUCAAGAAAGGAGAGGACGACGGCUUGAAUCUUAGUGCUCUGGAGAAGGAACUUCAAAUGCUUACUCCGUACUUGGCUGAUGAAGAUGCUCUUGAGAGUACUGGACUUGAAGAUGACGUCAGAGGAAAUACCAACCUAGAUGUAUGUAUGGUAACAAACGAGGAAAAUGCUAAUGGCAAAGAAUUUCUAAAAGAUAGCUACUGCAUACUUCCUUCUCCUGAGAGUGCAGUCCCUUUUGAUGUUUAUGGGGUGGAAGACUUCAAGACAGAAGAUACAGAUCUUCAAAACCCUACCGCUCGCAAAUUUCAGGAAGAUCCAAAAAUUGAUCCUGCACUCUCUAAGUUUCAGCAGGAGUAUGAAGUAUUUGACCUGAAAAUAUUCCACCGGAAGAACAGGACUGGCUUUGAGGAAAACAAAGAAUUCCCUAUUGUCAUGGAUUCCGUUAUAGCUGGAAGAUAUCGUAUCAAUGAGUAUCUUGGUUCUGCUGCAUUCAGCAAGAGUUUGGAUGAGAUAAAGCUCCUCAAGUUUGUCAAUAAGUAUGAUCCAGAUGAUGAUCAUCAUAUAUUGCGUCUCUAUGAUUAUUUUUACUAUCAGGAACAUCUCUUUAUUGUCACUGAGUUACUACGGGCAAAUCUUUAUGAGUUUCAGAAAUAUAACCAGGAGUCUGGUGACGAGGUGUACUUUUCACUGCCCAGAAUACAGGCUAUAGCUCGACAAUGCUUGGAGGCUUUGGUGUACUUGCAUCAUUUAAACAUAGUUCACUGUGAUCUGAAACCAGAGAAUAUCCUUCUGAAGAGCUACAGCAGAUGUGAAAUCAAAGUUAUUGAUCUUGGAAGCAGCUGCUUCUUGUCAGAUAACUUAAACUUAUAUGUCCAAUCACGUUCUUACCGAUCUCCUGAGGUCAUCUUGGGUUUACCAUAUGAUCAGAAAAUUGACAUUUGGUCUCUUGGCUGCAUCUUAUCUGAACUGUACACUGGUGAAGUACUCUUUCCUAAUGAAUCAAUGCCAAUCAUUCUUGCUCGUAUGAUUGGGAUAAUUGGUCCAAUUGAUAUGGAAAUGCUUGCAUCAGGACAGGAGACCCAGAAGUACUUCACAGAUGACUAUGACCUUUUCCACACGAACGAGGAGACAGAUCAGUUGGAGUAUUUGAUCCCAGAGAAAUCCUCUUUGCGGCGCCACUUGCAGUGCCCAGACAAGAAAUUUGUUGACUUUUUGUCUUACCUGCUGCAAAUAAAUCCCAGAAACAGACCAACGGCCAGCGAAGCGUUGCAACACCGAUGGCUUUCGUUCAAAUAUAGUUCAACGGCCAAUCAGACUCGUUCCUGACAAGUAGGCAACACUUUCUGAAGCUACUGGCUCCUGAAACAACAUGUUUCCUUUUGCAGUAGGAUUUGGCUUCGUGGUUUUUUUAGGUCAACACUUGGCGUUGAAAAACCUGUUUUGCAAGGUGAAUCGAUCGUGUAUAUGCGCUGGUUCAUGCAUGUAAAUAUGAGAAAAGUGGUUCCUUUUUUUUUCUGUACAGUUGCCAUGUACUACAGUGUUGAUCCAACUCAUGGUAUAGCAAAAUGGAAUUCAUAGAUUUGCCUUUGUCGUUUAA